CAAACCGCUAGGCACAAGGCACCUUGAGAACUUCAGGAUGCAAAUGGCUCCAGUCUUUGCCAGCCUAGCUCUGGGCCUGGCCCUCAUCUUUGGCGAAGGAUCUGCCUCAUACCAUCGCCAGUCCCAGGUGGCCCAACUCGCCACAGACUUUGGAGUGAAGGUGUUUCAGCAGGUGGCACAGGCCUCCAAGGACCGCAAUGUGGUUUUCUCACCCUAUGGGGUGGCCUCAGUCCUGGCCAUGCUGCAGGUGACAACAAGAGGAGAAACCAGGCAGCAGAUCCAUGCGGCAAUGCAAUUCGAGGUUGAAGAGAAGGGCGUGGCCCCUGCCCUCCAUCAACUGUACAAGGAACUCAUGGGGCCAUGGAACAAGGAUGAGAUCAGCGUCGCCGAUGCCAUCUUUGUCCAGCGGGAUCUAAAGCUGGUUCAAGGCUUCAUGCCUCACUUCUUCAGGCUGUUCCGGACCACAGUCAAGCAGGUGGACUUUUCAGAGAUGAAGAGAGCCAGGUUCAUCAUCAAUGACUGGGUGAAGAGACACACGAAAGGCAUGAUUAAUGACUUACUUGGUGAAGGGGCCGUGGACCAGCUGACACGCCUGAUGCUGGUGAAUGCCUUGUACUUCAAUGGCCACUGGAAGACACCCUUCCAAGAAGAGGGCACUCACCACCGCCUCUUCCACAAGUCUGAUGGCAGCACUGUCUCGGUGCCCAUGAUGGUUCAGACCAACAAGUUCAACUACACUGAGUUUUCCACCCCUGAUGGCCACUACUACGACAUCUUGGAACUGCCCUACCAUGGGGACACUCUCAGCAUGUUCAUUGCUGCUCCCUAUGAAAAAGAGGUGCCUCUCUCUGCCCUCACCAACGUUCUGGAUGCCCAGCUCAUCAGCCAGUGGAAAGGGAAUAUGACCUGUCUGCCCCGCCUCCUGGUUCUGCCCAAGUUCUCCCUGGAGAGUGAAGUCAAUCUUAAGAGGCCCUUGGAGAACUUGGGGAUGACUAACAUGUUUAGUCCAAGCCAGGCGGACUUCUCGAGUUUUUCAGAUCGAGAGCCUCUCUACGUGUCGCAGGCGCUGCAAAAAGUAAAGAUCAAAGUGAACGAGAGGGGCACGGUGGCGUCCUCCUCUACAGUCAUUACUGUCUCAGCCCGAAUGGCCCCCGAGGAGAUCAUCAUGGACAGGCCCUUCCUCUUUGUGGUGCGGCACAACCCCACAGGAACGGUCCUCUUCAUGGGCCAAGUCAUGGAACCCUGACCAUGAAGCCCUCAUCUGGGACAGACUGGAGAUGUAUCAGAGAAGAAGAAACUCUGAAGAAAAGAAC